GUUUCGCUUCCCGGUUGCCAGGAGAGCGGCGCCGGCGGGGGCGGCCGAGCCCGCGACCCGCGACCGCCUCUUCCUCCGCGAGCCCGCGACUGCUGACCGCGUCCGUCCCUCCGCGAGCCCUUGACAGGGAAUGGUUUUGCAUGACUUUGGCGCUGGCUUCUAGUGGACACUGUGUAGGGGAGGAUGAACACAGAGGAGCUGGAGCUACUGAGUGACCCCAAGUACAGGAACUACGUCGCUGCAAUUGACAAGGCACUAAAGAACUUUGAGUACUCCAGUGAAUGGGCAGAUUUGAUAUCAGCACUUGGAAAACUUAACAAGGUUUUACAAAAUAAUGCCAAAUACCAGGUAGUACCCAAAAAGCUGACCAUAGGCAAACGUCUAGCUCAGUGUCUGCAUCCAGCCUUACCAGGAGGAGUUCAUCGGAAGGCACUUGAAACAUACGAAAUUAUCUUCAAAAUCAUUGGACCAAAACGACUUGCCAAAGAUCUUUUUUUAUAUAGCUCUGGAUUAUUUCCCCUUCUUGCAAAUGCUGCUAUGUCUGUGAAACCAACACUGCUGAGUUUAUAUGAGAUAUAUUAUUUACCUUUGGGUAAAACACUGAAACCUGGUCUACAAGGAUUAUUAACUGGUAUUCUUCCUGGCUUAGAAGAAGGAUCAGAGUAUUAUGAGAGAACAAACACGUUGUUGGAAAAGGUUGCUGCUGCCGUUGACCAGUCAGCGUUCUACAGUGCCCUCUGGGGCAGUCUGCUCACCAGCCCUGCUGUGCGUCUACCUGGGAUCACUUAUGUGCUUGCUCACCUAAACAGGAAGCUCUCUAUGGAAGAUCAACUUUAUAUUAUUGGCAGUGACAUUGAGCUAAUGGUCGAAGCAGUAAGUACAUCAGUACAGGACUCAAGUGUACUUGUGCAGAGGAGCACCCUGGACCUCAUACUCUUCUGCUUUCCAUUCCACAUGAGUCAGGCCACUCGACCCGACAUGAUCAGGAUCUUGUCAGCAGCGUUACAUGUAGUACUGCGGAGAGAUAUGUCCCUGAACCGAAGACUUUAUGCAUGGCUUCUGGGUUUUGAUAACAACGGUGCUAUCGUAGGACCCAGGAGCACAAGACAUAGUAAUCCUGAAGAACAUGCCACAUACUAUUUCACUACCUUUUCAAAAGAAUUAUUGGUUCAGGCAAUGGUAGGGAUCUUACAAGUGAAUGGAUUUGGAGAAGAGAGCACUCUAAUGCAGGAUCUAAAACCUUUUCGGAUUUUAAUCAGCUUACUGGACAAACCUGAGCUAGGACCUGUAAUUCUGGAAGAUGUCUUGAUUGAAGUGUUUAGAACAUUAUAUUCUCAGUGUAAAGCAGAAUUAGAUUUUCAAAUGGAACCGCCCUUCAGCAAGGACCAUGCUCAGCUAAGCAGUAAAUUAAGGGAAAAUAAGAAAACAGCAGAGCUGAUUAAAACUGCCAACCUUCUCUUUAACUCCUUUGAACCUUAUUAUAUGUGGGAUUACAUUGCUCGUUGGUUUGAAGAAUGUUGUAGGAGGACACUGCACACCAGACUUCAAAUUGGACCUGGAGAUAGUAGUGAGUCAUCUGAGUUACAGCUGACCAAUUUCUGCUUAUUGGUGGAUUUUUUGUUGGAUAUAGUUUCUUUGGAGACGUACAUUGAAAUCCAGACAGAACACUUGCCACAGUUGCUGCUCAGAAUGAUUUCUGCCCUGACAAGUCAUCUCCAUACAUUGCGCUUGUCUGAGCUCACAGAUUCCCUCAGGCUCUGCUCAAAGAUCCUCAGCAAAGUUCAGCCUCCGCUGUUAUCUGCGGGCACUGGGGGCGUGUUGCAGUUCCAAAGUGGGCAGCGCAACCCAGUCAAAGACUGGGAAGACAAAAAGGUAUCAACAGUUUCACUGGAAAAUCCCACUGAAGUGUUUGAGGAUGGAGAAAACCCACCUAGCAGUCAGUCAUCAGAGAGUGGCUUUACUGACUUCAUACAGUAUCAAGCUGACGGAACUGAUGACAUUGACAGAGAGCUGAGUGAAGGACAGGGGACAGCUACUAUCCCACUUGGGAGCACAUCCUCUGAAACAGAGACAGCCUCCACGGUGGAAUCCGAGGAAACUGUUACUCAGCCCCCAUCCAGACUCGGUCAAGGGACAGCACCCCGGCGUGGGAAGACAGCACAAAAGACGGCCAUGCAGUGCUGCCUGGAGCAGGCCCAGCCCUUCCUUACCAGACUCAUCAACCUCUAUGUCAUUCCCCGCAGCACGCUCUCUCAGGCUUUGGCUAUGGAUCCCCAGGGAGAUCUUGGCAGAACCCAAGGGGAGACUUCAAAAUGGGACAGGGAUUCACAAGGAGAUGUAAAAGAGAGAAACUUAAAUACACAAAAAACCUCAAAAGAACACCUGCCUGCCUUCCUUGCUGCCUGUCAGCUCUUCCUGGAGUGCUCAAGUUUCCCUGUUUACAUUGCUGAGGGGACCCAUUCAUCAGAGUUACGUUCUGAAAAAUUGGAGACUGACUGUGAACAUGUGCAGCCGCCACAGUGGCUGCAGACUCUGAUGAAUGCUUGCAGCCAAGCAAAUGACUUCAGUAUUCAGAGUGUGGCUGUCUCCCUGGUCAUGGACCUGGUGGGGCUGACCCAGUCAGUGGCCAUGGUCACUGGGGAAAACGUCAACAGCAUGGAGCCUGCACAGCCAUUGAGUCCAAACCAGGGCAGAGUAGCUGUGGUCAUCAGACCACCCCUCACACAGGGCAAUCUAAGAUACAUAGCAGAGAAGACAGAAUUUUUCAAGCAUGUAGCCCUGACGCUGUGGGACCAACUAGGAGACAGGACACCUCAGCACCACCAGAAGAGUGUGGAACUAUUUUAUCAAUUACAUAACUUAGUACCUUCUUCUAGCAUCUGUGAGGAUGUUAUAAGUCAGCAGUUAACCCAUAAAAACAAGAAAAUACGAAUGGAAGCACACGCAAAGUUCGCCGUUCUCUGGCACCUCACACGGGAUCUCCAUAUAAAUAAGUCAUCUUUUGCACGCUCUUUUGACAGGUCUCUGUUCAUCAUGUUGGACAGCCUUAACAGCCUAGAUGGCUCCACGAGCUCAGUGGGCCAGGCUUGGCUGAACCAAGUCCUACAAAGACACGACAUUGCCAGAGUGCUGGAGCCAUUGCUCCUGCUCCUGCUCCAUCCAAAAACACAGAGGGUUUCGGUGCAACGAGUACAAGCAGAACGCUACUGGAAUAAGACUCCCUGUUACCUAGGCGAGGAGAAUGACAAGCAUUUCAUGCAGAAUUUUACCUGCAGCAGUGUAAGCCAAGCUCAGCUCAUGGCAUCGAAAGGAAAUGGUGAGAAACCACUUACCAUGGAUGAAAUAGAGAACUUCAGUCUCACGGUUAACCCACUGAGCGACAGGCUCUCCCUCCUGAGUACCAGCAGUGAGACAAUCCCAAUGGUUGUCUCUGACUUCGAUCUUCCAGACCAGCAAAUAGAAAUCCUUCAGAGUUCUGACUCUGGGUGUUCACAGUCCUCAGCUGGGGACAACAUGAGCUACGAAGUUGAUGCAGAAAAUAUGAAUGCCCCAGAGGAGUCUCACAUGCUCAAAGCGAGCUCCCCCGAUGACGAUGUUCAGCAGUUGGUGUUUGACCUAAUACACCAAGUUGUGAGUGGCCUGGAAGCAGAGUCGACACCGGUAACCUCCGAGAUGGACACAGAAGCUCUUCCCCCAGAUGGUGGUGACUUGGAUCUCGAAGAGGAAGUGGUGAAAAGCAAGGAUCUGUCUGCUGCACGAGGUCAGAGUGCUUUGCUGAGUCAUGAAAGCCCUCAGUUUCUGUCUGUGUCCUCAGAGGAAGCCCAAGAGUGCUUGGCAAAUGGAAUCUCCAGAAACAGCUCCUCACCUUGUAUUUCAGGAACCACACAAAGUCCCUAUGACUCAUCGGUGGCUGCCGCAGAAACCAGGUCUAGGCAAAGGAGUCACAGCAGCAUCCAAUUCAGCUUCAAAGAAAAGUUACCAGAAAAAGUCUCUGAGAAAGAAACAAUUGUUAAGGAGUCCGGUAAACAACCAGGAGCAAAACCCAAAGUAAAGCUUGCCCGAAAAAAGGAUGAUGACAAGAAAAAAACUUCAAAUGAAAAACUGAAACAAACCAGUGUCUUCUUUAGUGAUGGUCUUGAUUUGGAGAAUUGGUACAGCUGCGGAGAGGGAGAAAUUUCUGAAAUUGAGAGUGACAUGGGAUCUCCGGGAUCCCGGAAAUCUCCCAAUUUCCACAUUCAUCCUCUCUAUCAGCAUGUGCUCCUCUAUCUCCAAUUAUAUGAUUCAUCAAGGACUCUCUAUGCCUUCUCUGCCAUCAAAGCCAUCCUGAAAACUAACCCUAUUUCCUUCGUAAAUGCCAUUUCAACCACAAGUGUAAAUAAUGCCUACACCCCUCAGCUGUCUCUGCUUCAGAAUCUGCUGGCAAGACACCGCAUCUCUGUUAUGGGAAAGGACUUUUAUAGUCACAUUCCAGUGGACUCAAAUCACAACUUCCGGAGUUCUAUGUACAUAGAAAUUCUCAUUUCUCUCUGUUUAUAUUACAUGCGUAGCCAUUACCCAACUCACGUCAAGGUCUCUACACAAGAUUUAAUAGGCAAUCGAAACAUGCAGAUGAUGAGCAUAGAAAUUUUGACUCUCCUCUUCACUGAGCUGGCAAAAGUAAUAGAAAGCUCUGCGAAAGGUUUUCCUAGUUUCAUCUCUGAUAUGUUAUCUAAAUGCAAAGUUCAAAAAGUGAUUCUUCAUUGUUUGCUAUCAUCUAUCUUUAGUGCUCAGAAAUGGCAUAGUGAAAAAAUGGCAGGUAAGAACAUGGCUGCUGUGGAAGAAGGGCUCUCAGAGGACAGCCUUAUCAAUUUCUCAGAGGAUGAAUUUGACAAUGGCAGCACACUCCAGUCGCAGCUUCUCCGGGUGCUUCAGAGGCUGAUUGUUUUGGAACACCGGGUGAUGACUAUUCCUGAAGAGAAUGAAACAGGUUUUGACUUUGUCGUCUCUGACCUGGAACACAUCAGCCCCCAUCAGCCCAUGACCUCUCUUCAGUAUUUGCACGCCCAGCCAAUCACCUGUCAGGGCAUGUUCCUCUGUGCAGUGAUCCGAGCUUUGCAUCAACACUGCGCGUGUAAGAUGCACCCACAAUGGAUUGGCUUGAUCACAUCCACUCUGCCUUACAUGGGAAAAGUUCUACAGAGAGUAGUUGUGUCUGUGACUCUACAGCUGUGCAGGAAUUUGGAUAAUCUAAUUCAGCAGUACAAAUAUGAGACAGGGCUAUCUGAUAGUAGGCCUCCAUGGAUGGCAUCGAUUACCCCACCAGACAUGAUUCUCACUCUCUUGGAAGGGAUCACUGCCAUUAUCCAUUAUUGUCUAUUGGAUCCAACUACACAGUACCAUCAACUCUUGGUCAAUGUUGACCAGAAACACUUGUUUGAAGCCCGCAGUGGAAUCCUGUCGAUCCUACACAUGAUCUUGUCCUCGGUGACACUGCUGUGGAGCAUACUGCACCAGGCUGACGCUUCAGAGAAGAUGGCUGCCGCUGCAUCCGCCGCCGUCACCACCAUCAACCUCGGCGCCACAAAGAACUUGAGACAACAAAUCCUUGAGCUGUUGGGCCCCAUCUCAAUGAAUCACGGUGUGCACUUUAUGGCUGCCAUUGCAUUUGUAUGGAAUGAAAGAAGACAGAACAAAACCACUGCACGAACCAAGGUUAUUCCUGUGGCCAGUGAAGAGCAGCUGUUACUGGUGGAGCUGGUUCGCUCCAUCAGUGUCAUGAGAGCAGAAACUGUCAUCCAGACUGUGAAAGAAGUUUUAAAGCAGCCUCCAGCCAUAGCCAAAGACAAGAAACAUCUUUCUUUGGAAGUCUGCAUGCUUCAGUUUUUCUAUGCUUAUAUUCAAAGAAUUCCAGUGCCCAAUUUAGUGGAUAGCUGGGCAUCACUGUUGCUACUUCUAAAAGACUCUAUACAACUGAGUCUCCCAGCCCCGGGGCAGUUUCUUAUCCUGGGGGUUCUGAAUGAGUUUAUUAUGAAAAAUCCUAGCUUGGAAAAUAAGAAAGACCAAAGAGACCUUCAGGAUGUGACUCAUAAAAUAGUGGAUGCUGUCGGUGCAAUUGCUGGCUCCUCUCUGGAACAAACAACAUGGCUGCGACGAAAUCUGGAGGUGAAGCCUUCUCCCAAAAUAGUGGUGGAUGGAGCCAACUUGGAAUCUGACAUUGAAGAUAUGUUAUCACCUGCGAUGGAAACCUCAAAUAUAACUCCCUCUGUAUAUAGUGUCCAUGCUUUGACACUGCUCUCUGAGGUCUUGGCCCAUCUUUUGGACAUGGUUUUCUAUAGUGAUGAAAAGGAGCGUGUUAUCCCCUUACUUGUAAACAUCAUGCAUUAUGUCGUGCCCUACCUCCGAAAUCACAGUGCACAUAAUGCUCCUAGUUACCGAGCCUGUGUGCAGCUACUGAGCAGUCUUAGUGGGUACCAGUACACACGGAGAGCUUGGAAAAAAGAAGCCUUUGACCUCUUCAUGGAUCCCAGUUUCUUUCAGAUGGACGCCUCUUGUGUUAAUCAUUGGAGGGCAAUUAUGGACAAUCUGAUGACACAUGAUAAGACAACAUUCAGAGAUCUGAUGACUCGAGUGGCUGUGGCCCAAAGCAGUUCACUUAAUCUUUUUGCAAACCGGGAUGUGGAGUUAGAGCAGAGAGCCAUGCUUCUCAAAAGAUUAGCCUUUGCUAUUUUUAGCAGUGAGGUUGACCAGUACCAGAAAUACCUCCCAGAUAUACAAGAGAGAUUGGUGGAAAGUCUCCGUUUGCCCCAGGUACCAACUCUUCACUCUCAAGUGUUCCUGUUUUUCAGAGUGUUACUUUUACGAAUGUCUCCACAGCAUCUGACCUCCCUCUGGCCGACCAUGAUCACCGAACUGGUACAGGUAUUUUUAUUGAUGGAGCAGGAACUCACUGCUGAUGAAGAUAUUUCACGGACAUCAGGCCCCUCCGUGGCCGGUCUGGAGACAACCUACACAGGAGGUAAUGGCUUCUCUACUUCCUAUAACAGCCAGCGGUGGUUAAACCUCUAUCUCUCUGCUUGCAAAUUUUUGGAUUUGGCUCUGGCAUUGCCCUCCGAAAAUCUCCCUCAGUUUCAGAUGUACCGAUGGGCCUUUAUUCCAGAAGUCUCCGAUGACUCGGGUUUAGAAGUCAGGAGGCAGGGCAUACAUCAACGAGAAUUUAAACCCUACGUGGUACGACUGGCCAAACUUCUCAGGAAAAGGGCAAAGAAAAAUCCAGAGGAUGACACGUCGGGGAGAGCGCUGGGCUGGGAACCGGGGCACCUGCUCCUCACCGUGGGCUCCGUGCGCAGCAUGGAGCAGCUGCUGCCCUUCUUCCAUGUCCUCAGCCAGGUCUUCAACAGCAAGGUCACAAGCCGGUGCGGAGGCCGCUCAGGGAGCCCCGUCCUCUCCUCAAACACCUUCUCUAACAAGGACAUGAAACUCGAGAACCACAAACCGUUUUCUACCAGAGCCAGACAAAAAAUAGAAGAAAUGGUAGAAAAGGAUUUUCUGGAAGGGGUGAUAAAAACUUGACCACACUGGUGGCUCCAUUUAAAUGUAAUGUAAAACGGGACACACUGCUCUGAGGUGUAUAGUUGUUUUUCUUUUGUAUGUAAAACACACUUCAGGUUGUAUUUAAAUGUUUGUAAAUAAGAGCUAAUGUCUGAAUGUGGCCUAAAUCAAGUUUAAAUAUUAUUGGCUCCUAUUGAUUAUGGUGCCUAGGAGAGAUCUAUGAGUUGUUUUAAACCUGCAAAAUACACACUGCACAUUUUU